AUGCAGCUGAGGAUGCAAGAACCAGAGGGAGACACAGGAGCCCCUGUUUUAGGCUGGAACUCCAAAGCAGCUUCUCCAUUCCUCACCCCAGGUAGGGAGAACACUCAUAAUCACAGCAUGUAUUUCUGAACACAUUUCAAAGUGUUGGUGCUGACAUUUAAAGCCCUAAACAGCCUCGACCCAGUAUAGUUAAAGGAGCGUCUCCACCUCCACCGUUCAGCCCGGACACUGAGGUCCAGCUCCGAGGGCCUUCUGGUGGUUUCCUCACUGUGAGAAGUGAGGUUACAGGGAACCAGACAGAGGGCCUUCUCGGUGGUGGUGCCUGUCCUGUGGAUCGCCCUCCCGUCAGUUGUCAAGGAAAUAAGCAACUACCUGAUUUUUAGACGACAUGUGAAGGCAGCCCUGUUUAGGGAAGUUUUUAAUGUUUGGUGUUUUAUUGCGUUUUUAAUAUUCUGUCGGGAGCUGCCCAGAGCCUUCCCAAAACCCUGGAUUGCAGCUGCCAGACAGAGUGGACAGCACUAUGUGCUGGAGUCCAGGGGUCACCAAACGUUUUCAGCAUGGGGCCGGUCCACUCUCCCUCAGACCUUGUGGGGGGCCGGACUAUAUUUUGGAAAGAAAAAAAUGAACUACCGUAUUUUUCGCCCUAUAGGGCGCACCGGCCCAUAGGGUGCACCUAGUUUUUGGGGGGGGAAAUAAAGAAAAAAAAAUAUUCCCCCUCCCAGGCACGGGGCUGGGGCAGGGGAAGCCCGAGCUUCCCCUGACCCCAGCCCCCAGAACAGGCUGCUAUCCGCAAGCCUAGGGAGCCCAGCGGGAACUCCCGCAGGCUCCCAAGGCUUGUGGAUAGCUUCCUGAAGCCUCUCCAGGCUUCAGCGAAAGCCUGCAUUCGCCCCAUAGGACGCACACACAUUUCCUCUUCAUUUUUGGAGGGGGAAAAGUGCAUCCUAUAGGGCGAAAAAUACGGUAAUUCCUAUGCCCCACAAAUAACCCAGAGAUGCAUUUUAAAUAAAAGGACACAUUCUACUCAUAUAAAAACAAGCUGAUUCCCAGACCGUCCGCAGGCCAGAUUUAGAAGGCGAUUGGGCCGGAUUCGGCCCCUGGGCCUUAGUUUGCCUACCCAUGUGCUGGACCAAUUGUCUGACUUGAUAUAAGGCAGUUUCCUCUGCUGUUACUUGCUUGCAAGCAAAGGUGGAUGAAAACUGCUCUGCAGAGUUUUCCCUCACCACGUGGGAUAAACAGGGAUCAAGGGGGUGGGGAUGGAGGCAUUGGGGGGGCAGGAGCGGUGUGUGCAGCCCCACAAUGAGGCUUCCUGCUCAGGCACAAUGCCUGAGCAAAGCUUUCUUGCAGACUUCAGUCUUAAAUCUUGGGGUAGCUGGUGCAGGUCCUAAGCACAAUGCAAAAAACUAGAAUAGGAGCCAGCAAGUAUAAACUUGCCCGAGGCAAACACACUAUUUCUUGGAAGCAACAAAAUAUUAUAGUUCCAAGACAGCUAGGUACCAGGUUCUAUCAUUAAAAUCAUUUCCUACCCCACCCAUUGGGCGUCCAUCGUGUUAAGAGCCAGACAAAAUGCAAUUAAAGUAUUUAUUGCCUGAGGUGUCGGCCACACUUUGGCUAAGUCAACCAGAAGUGUGUGUGUUUGUGUGUGGAGAUUUGCUGAUUCUGCAAGGUCUGCUUCCCCAACCAGUUGCUAGAAACCCAGUAGGGCUAACAGAGGAGGAAAGAUAAUAUUGGAAAAGAAACUGAUCUUGCUGUAGUUGACAGCAUGAGAUAUAUAUACAUAUCUCUCUCACACAGACACACAGAGAGAGAAAUAAAAGGAGGUUUCUCAUCUGUCAUCGCAGGUGCAGUUUGAUGGCAAUGAAAGGUGUUAUAAUGACUGCUCACAAAUAACUUAAGUGACAGCUCUCUGUAUUUAUAAAACUACUUCUGUGCCACCUUUUGGAGCACACCUCAUCCAAGGCAACUCAAAAAACCAUAAAACAGUUAGAACUAGCAAAGGCAGUUUUAACAUUAGCAAUGAUAACAAAGGCCAGUUAAAACAAAAGAAAACGAAGAGGGGGCGGAGGAGGAUGAGAAUUAAGCAGAAAGGAAAAGGUGAGUGCAGUUAGAGUGAAGAACUGGGGCAAAGCACGUGAGAAUUUAUCAUGGAUGAAAAAGCAAGCCCUCACUGUUUUAACAGGGUUCUGUAAAUCUAGUCUAGACAAAGCUCUCAACUUUAUGCUGUAAAAAUAAUCCCAUAAUGGCACAGGAUCAAGAAAAUUCUUUAAUGGGCAUUUUCCAUCUCUCCUUUUUGGUGACUCUGUGUUUUAUUGUUACAGUCCAUUAGGAGGGGUGGGGAGAACCUUGGAAAACAAUGCAUGUAAAAUGUAUGUGUGUCAGCACAUAUGAAUGCUUUAAAAAAUACUUAAAAUUUAUUUUAGGCCAAUAUUUGAAUUUGAUAUAUGUUUUGCUGUUUUGUUUUGUUUAAGGAGAAGAAGAACAAGGCUUCAGUAAUGAAGGGACGUCUCCAGAAGUGGAUUUUACAUUGUGA